UGUCCAGGUUGCAGAGCCUUUAAGGGCUAUGGUAAUGGGUGCUCCGUUGGAGGAUGCUCGACAUCUUGCUCAGCGUUAUGACAAAGUUCGACAGGAAGCUGAGGCUCAGGCUAUUGAAGUCUCAAGGCGCCAGCAGAAAGUUAGGGAAGCCCCUGGCAAUGUUGAUAAUAGUUUAAAGGUGGAAGCUGCUGAAUCAAAACUUCUAGAGUUGAAAUCAAAUAUGUCAGUCUUAGGUAAAGAGGCUGUUGCAGCAAUGACUGCUGUUGAAUCUCAGCAACAAAGAUUGACCUUACAGCGGCUCAUUGCAAUGAUUGAGUCAGAAAGAACCUUCCAUCAAAGAGUGCUGCAAAUUCUUGAUCAACUGGAAGGAGAGAUGAUUUCAGAGCGCCAAAGAAUUGAAGUAUCUUUAUCGCCAACUUCAGUUAUAGAAUCUGGCACACCACCUCCAUCCUAUGAAGAAGCUAAUAGCAUUUUUAAUUCUAAUCCAGUGAAUGGUUUAACUGAUUCCAUGGGAUACUUUUUAGCAGAAGUCAUUCAAUCAUAUCAGGCUGAAACUAAUGUUGAACUCAACUUGUCAGUAGGGGACUAUGUGGUUGUACGGAAGGUCUCCAGCAACGGAUGGGCUGAGGGUGAAUGCAAAGGAAAAGCUGGUUGGUUUCCUUAUGGCUAUAUUGAAAGAAGAGAACGUGUUCUUGCAAGUAAGAUUGCUGAAGUUUUUUAAUAUAUUUUCUGUAUUGUAUUGUAUUUAGCGCAAUAUUUAGUGCAAAAAAUGAAGCCUUGUAUUGAAGACACCAUGCUUGUCUGUAUUGUUUUCUUCUCAGUAAAUGUAUUGUCUCAGCCAUGCCUGAUUCUGCUC